UUACUUUGACGACAUACUUAGUAUAUCACUCUUGAGAUUCAAUAGCCUUAGGAAGAAUGGUCCUCCUUUCUAAAAUGAAAGAAAUGGAUCUAUUGGAUAUCCGACGUUAUGUUGUAACAGGACCGACAACUCCUGGUAGGGAUAAUACUUGUUCGAUAACAGACUGCACCAGCACACUAGGUUUCAGGUGACAAACUAAAGACAGGUUUAGAUAAACUAUUAUCGGUGAUUUGUAUAGGGCUUAUCGAGAGGUGAAGUAUUUCCCAGGUAAAUUACGCAACAAUGGAUGCAAAAUCAGGUAUCGCUCCACCUCCGUAUACCAACCAAGGGCAUGCCCAAAGUGGUAAUGCAGGUUACGCACCUGCUCCGGGCUAUGGACAACCCCCAGGCUAUGGACAACCCCCAGGCUAUGGACAACCCCCAGGCUAUGGACAAUCCCCUAUGGGAAACCAACCGUGGAUCCAGCCCCAGUACAAUCAGCAGACGGUUUGCAACAAUGUCAUAGUUACACAAGCGGGGGGUAUCCAGCCUGUCGUCAUGGCACCAGCUCCGGAGGAUAACAUGGUCAGAGCUAUAAUUGCGACGUUUUUCUGCUUCUGGCCGAUCGGGAUGUUCGCAAUAUGGAAAGCUAUGGAAUCGAAGUCCGCUUACAACCGAGGGGACAUGGCGAUGGCCCAUGCUAACGCUAACUCUGCCAGACAACUCUCCAAUGUAGCCAUUGGGUUCGGCGCCUGCACCAUAAUUGCCGUCUUUAUCUACAUUAUUGUGUUGUACUCUGUGAUAAUAUAGGUGUGAUAUACGUCACAAAGACAAGUAAUCAUAUAAUGUGGGCGCUAGUCAACCUGUCACAAAGACAUGUAACACUGUCCAUAAUGUGGGUGCUAGUCAACCACACGUAUAUAAUGGCGUGUAUAUUUUUAUUCUACAUUUCAUAAUUAAGAUAAUCUGUCCGCGAUUAUAUGUUAUUCAGAUAAUCUGUCUGUGAUUAUGUGUUAUUCAGAUAAUCUGUCCGUGAUUAUGUGUUAUUCAGAUAAUCUGUCUGUGAUUAUGUGUUACUCAGAUAAUCUGUCCGUGAUUACGUGUUAUUCAGAUAAUCUGUCCGUGAUUAUAUGUUAUUCAGAUAAUCUGUCCGUGAUUAUGUGUUAUUCAGAUAAUCUGUCCGUGAUUAUAUGUUUUCAGAUAAUCUGUCCAUGAUUAUAUGUUUUCAGAUAAUCUUUCCGUGAUUAUGUGUUAUUUAGAUAACCUGUCCGUGAUUAGUUGUUAUUCAGAUAAUCUGUCCGUGAUUAUAUGUUAUUCAGAUACUCUGUCUGUGGUGGUGUGACUGACUAUUAAGUAACCAGAACUAUGUCAAUUUCAGACAAUACCUUACAUUUACAAGAUACAGAGAGCCAACAUGACAAUGUAAUCAUAUGAUAUAACAUGCGAAUAAAGUUACGAGUGAUGUAAAAUCAU